UACUGUUGAGACAUAGAGUAAUCACAUCAUAACAAUGACAUAAUUUAGUGCUAAUUAAUAUCAAGUUAUUCGUCAUUUAAAACAUAAAAUGGAUUAUAGUGAAAAAAAUAAACUCAUUAAUGGAAUUGACCAGAGCCAUUUGGAACAAGUGGAAAAUGGGACGGUAAUGCCUUUGCAGAAAAAGGGUCGAUUUUGCAGGAACAGUCAUAAAAGAAAAUCCGGCCGAAGAAAAUUUGAUCGCGUCGUGCUCAAAACCGGCCAGUUUAACUUCGAGAAGUGGAAGAAGUCCAAAUACCGCGUGUUCCCCGAUAUAGUUCAGGCUUUCAUCAAUGCACAGUGGAGGUGGACCCUGUUUUACUGCAUCCUCACGUACCUCAUCAUUUGGCUAACAUUCACAGGUGUUUGGUGGGUCAUCCUCGACUUGCAUGGAGACCUUGAACCUGAACAUAUGCCACAUGUCAGCAACUCCUCCGAAUGGUCACCUUGUGUCAGGGAAAUCUACGGUUUCACAUCUUUAUUUCUGUUCAGCAUUGAAAUCCAUACAACAAUCGGCUACGGAACCAGAGCCAUCACACUCGAGUGCCCGUCAGCAAUGUUUACAAUGUGCAUCGAAAGCAUAAUUGGAACUAUCACACAAUCUUUCAUAGUCGGAGUUGUAUUUGCAAAAUUAACGCGGCCAAAGAAUCGAGCACAGACGCUUUUAUUCUCAAAGAACGCCAUCAUCAAUCAGAGAGAUCGUAAUUUGCGUUUGAUAUUCCGAGUUGGAAACACUAGGAAGUCAAGAAUCAUAGCUGGCAGUGUUCAAGCGUAUUUGAUCAGGCGUAGUGCCACCGACGUGUUGGAUGACCAAAUUAAAUUAGAUUUAUCCAUGGAUUCAAGUGAGAACAUUUCUUUUAUGUUUCCAGUAUCUGCAGUCCACACAAUAGACAAAAAUAGCCCAUUUUAUUUAAUGUCUGCUUCUGAUUUAUUGAAGGCAGAUAUGGAAAUUCUUGUAGUCUUCGAAGGUACAAUUGAAUCAACUGGGCAACCAGUCCAGGUGAAGUCAAGUUACACAACCCAAGAAAUUCUUUGGGGUCAUCGUUUUAUCGAUAUGGUUGAAUAUCGAAAAGAUAAACAAGGUUUCGUGAUAGAUUAUGCCAAAUUCGACGAAACUUAUUCAAUCAAUACACCGCUUUGUUCAGCGGAACGCCUUCACGAUUUUUAUAGACAUAAUUUGAGAAAAUUAAAUUACAUUAUUCCUUGA